AUGUUCAGAGCUGUGUUUGGAAACAAGAGAGAUGGAGGAAAACGAGGGGGGAAAAAGAAGCAGAGCAACCAGGGUGUUGAGGUGUUCACACACAGCACUCUGCAGCGGGGAGGUGGAGGGCGUCCGGACCGAGACAGCAGGAACGCUGCCAGCCCGGUGAAACGGGGCAGACUGACCAAGGGGGCUUCCAUCUCUCUACCGUCCUCCCCUCUUCUCCCCCGCGAGGCCGACAUAGCUCCCUCUCAGUCCUGCAUCAAGUUCACAGUUCUCCUCUCUGCUGUGGCCGAAGGACGGGUGAGGAAGCUGGAGUAUGUGGAUGACUCUCCCAGCGCGAGAGAACCUCUUGUCUUCGCCUCGUGCCGUGGCCAGGCAGACCACAGAGACCUCCACGUGGAGCCCCAGCCGGGCUCCUCCCUUUCUACCCAGGAACUGAUGACCAGACUAUGCUUCUUAUUGGGAGAAGCAACGCCUGGCACUGCUAGCUCUCCUAUGGAGGACAGGAGGGAAAAGAAGUGUGAUUCGUCUGCCCAGGGGGGGAGUCCCAGCUCCACGCUCACCUGCAGCACCGCCUCCCCCUGCUCAGAGAGCCCCUCCUCCACCCUCAGCACCAGCGCUGGAGGCCAGUCUUUACCUUUACCUUCACCCAAGUGCAGCUCCAGCACCAGCCCCAGUGGAACCCUCUCCAACACCGUCCCCAGUCCUGCUCCUAGUCCUGCUCCUGGACCCAGCACCUGGAGCAGCCCUGGGCCUCCUCCUCACAGCCCCACCUCCACUCUGGGGAGCAAGGAUAGUGGAAUCAUAGCAACCAUCACUAGCUCGUCUGAGAAUGAGGAGCGCAGCGCCGGCAGUGAGGUCCUGACUAAGGAGGACGGCCCGGGGGGCGGUGCUGGGGUAAUGGGCCAUGCAAGCGAGGACCGCCAUCCCGGGCCAACCAGGGACAAUCUGACCACCCAACCAGAUGAGGCCUUACCUAGAAGUGACAUCACGGAGCAGAGGACUCCACCAGCGCCCAAGAGACCCCUCCCACAGCACCACAUACACACCACCUCCUCCCUCGCCAUGCCCCGGCCAAACUCUGUGGCAGCAACCAGCUCCACUCGACUGGAAGAUCUGAGUUUUCUGGACAACCAAAGAGCUGCUGGACACAGGAGCUCUGUCCGCAAACACAACACCGCUGGACGCACAAAUGAUGACUCCAAAGGGAGGCUGGUGCCAUUCAAACAAGCUGACAUCAUGCUGAAACCGCUGCUGUUUGAAGUCCCCGGGGUCAACGCAGAAACACCUUUCGUGGGCCGUGAUUGGCUCUUCACGCGCCUGGAGGAGGUCCUGAAGAAGACGAGCAGCUGUGAGGGACGCGGUGCUGUCAUUGUGGGGAACGCAGGAUCUGGCAAGACCGCCAUCAUCUGGCGGCUGGUGACGCUCAGCUGUCACGGCAUGCGCACGCCACAGGGAGGUCCCAGCAUCCCUCACAGUCCCAGCUCCUCCCCCAAAUGUGGGGAUAAACAGGGAAGAGCUGCCUCCAAACAGCCAGCUGACUCCCAGCCCAGCCAGAGUGCUGCUGCUGCAGGAACCAGCGAUAGUACAACACAGAGGAAGGAGGCUGUCAGAUGCCUCGCUGCCAAGGUGGUAGCCUACCACUUCUGUCAGGCUGACAACACCUACACCUGCCUGGUCCCAGAGUUUGUGCACAGCGUCGCCGCCCUGUUGGCCCGAGCGCCGCAGCUGGGCCCGUACAGGGAGCUGCUGGUCCAAGAGCCUCACAUCCAGAACACUCUCAGCCUGCGAUCCUGCGUCCAGGACCCCAUCGCUGCCUUCAGGAAGGGCGUGCUGGAGCCCAUCGCCAGCCUGCGCAAGGAGCGCAGGCUUCCUGAAGAGGACUACAUCAUCGUGGUUGACAGUCUCAACGAGGCAGAAUUCCAUAAACCAGACUAUGGGGACACAAUCGCCACUUUCAUUACCAAAAUAAUCUCCAAAUUUCCGCUCUGGCUGAAGUUGGUGGUCACAGUCAGGACAGGCCUGGUGGACAUCACGACCCUCCUUCCCUUCUCUGGCAUCUCUCUGGACAUCCUGCCAGACAGCAGCGACCUGGGAGCCGACCUGAGUGACUACAUCCAUCACCGGGUGAACAGCAGCACGCAGGUCGCCACCAAUGUCACCACGCCAACAGGCUCCGCCCCCGAUCAGCUGCUCUUGAGCAAGUUCAGCAGCCACCUGUCGACACGGAGCCACGGCUCCAUCCUCUACCUGCAGCUGACCCUGGACCUGUUCCACAAGGGCCACCUGGCUCUGAAGGGAGGAAACUACCUGGUGGUGCCCGUCUCCCUGUCAGAGGUGUACCUGCUGAUGUGUCGUGUCAGCUUCCCGGAUAAAGAGGCCUUUGAGCGGGUACUUCCGGUGCUAAAUGUGGCGCUGGCGUCUCUGCACCCACUGACUGAUGAACAAAUGUUCAGGGCGCUGAAUGCAGGCAGUGUGAGGGGGGAGCUGGAGUGGAAGGACUUCCAUCUGAGAUUAGACAGCCUGGCUGGAUUCAUGGUGAGGCGGCGGGACGGCACACGGAUGCUGUGUCACCCCUCCUUCAGAGAGUGGCUGGUCUGGAGAGCAGAUGGAGAGAGCAGUGACUUUCUCUGUGACCCUAGGAGUGGCCACGCUCUGCUGGCCUUCAUGUUCUCCAGACAGGAGGGCAAGCUGAACCGGCAGCAGACGAUGGAACUGGGACACCACAUCCUCAAGGCCCACAUUUUCAAGGGUCUGAGCAAGAAGACGGGCGUGUCCUCCAGCGUUCUUCAGGCCAUGUGGGUGAACUGCAGCACAGACAGUCUGUCGGCUGCUCUGGCCUCCCUGAGGAACCUUUAUACUCCUAACAUCAAGGUGAGCCGUCUGCUGAUGCUAGGGGGCGCUAGUGUCUCCUGGUGUACUGAGGUGGUAGGACAUGCUCCCAUCCUGGCCGUCCAUGCCCACCUGGGCCACAUGGAGAUGGUGGCUCUGCUUCUUGAAAAUGGCGCUCCGGUAGAUGGAACCACUGACAGCGGCAUGACGGCGCUCUGCCUGGCUGUCGCUGCAGGACACAGCGACAUAGUCAGCCUGCUCUGCAAGAAAGGGGCCAAGGUGGGCCAUGCUGAUAAGAGUAGCCAGUGUGCGCUGGUCCAUGCGGGACUGAAGGGCCAUGCUGAAAUCAUCAACAUCUUGCUGGGCCAGGAUUGGCCAGCAGAGAUCCCCACUGACCCCCAGCAGCACCACACCAAUGAGACUGUGAGCGGGAAAACACAGGCAGCACAGCAGGCGGCUACAGCUGCAGCUAGCAUGGGACACACACAGGUGGUGAAGAGCUUGCUGGACUUGAAAGACGAACAGCUGGCAGUGCAGAUGGACGCUCACGACUCUCUCUGGGGAGAAACGGUGCUGAGUGCGGCAGCAGGAAGAGGGAGGAUGGAGGUGUGUGUGCUGCUGGUGGAGCGCGGGGCGGAGCUGGAGAUCGCCAACCGGCGGGGCAUGGCGCCGCUGCUCAGCACCAGCAAACAUGGACACACUCAGAUUGUAGAGUUGCUGCUGAAGCAGAACGCAGACAUCAGCGUCACUGAGAAGCAGGGCCGGACUCCUCUGAUGCUGGCGGCCUCUGAGGGCCACGGGGCCACUGUUGAGCUCCUGCUGUCUAAAGGUGCCUCUCUGACCUCCACGGACCAGGAGGGGCUGACGGCCCUCAGCUGGGCCUGUCUGAAGGGUCAGAGAGCAGUGGUGCAGCUCUUAGCAGAGGCCGGAGCAGACCUGAACCACCCAGACCGGCAGGGACGGACUCCUCUAGACCUGGCUGCCCUCACUGGGGACGCAGAAACAGUGCAUUACCUGGUGGAGCGUGGGGCGGUGCUGGAGCGAGCCGACAGCAGCAGCAGAGGGUCGGAGCGCUCCGCUGGCUGCCUGAACCCGGCCCUGGUGGCCUCGCUGCUGAAGAAAGGAUCCAAGACGGGCUACAAAACGGCUCCACAUGAUCGAUCAGGUCACGCUACCUGGGCCAUGGCUUCCUCCAAGCCAGACAUUCUGCUCAUCCUGCUGCAGAAGCUGAUGGAGGAAGGGAACAUGCUUUACAAGAAGGGACGCAUGAAGGAGGCCGGCCAGCGGUACCAGUACGCGCUGAGGAAGCUUCCUCGUGAGGGCCAAGGAGAGGAGCUGAAGGGCCUCAAAGACCUGCGGGUCUCCCUCUACCUAAACCUGUCCCGCUGCCGCAGGAAAACCAACGAUUUCGGGAUAGCGGAGGAGUUUGCCACCAAAGCCCUGGAGCUGAAGCCCAGGUCUUAUGAAGCGUAUUAUGCCAGAGCACGUGCCAAGAGGAGUAGCAGGCAGUUUGCUGCAGCGCUGGCAGACCUCCACGAAGCAGCACGACUCUCCCCGUCCAACCGGGAGAUCCGGCGCCUGCUGGUCCGGGUAGAGGAGGAAUGCAAACAUCAUCAGAAGGCAUCCAGUAACAACAUGACACAGGGUUACAACAGGGAGCCUCACACCCACCACCACGCCGCCGCAGAGGACGAGGCAGACGCCUAUUCACAGGGAAGUCUGGAGAGACCGGUCCCCACAGAGACCGCUGACGCAGACAAGGAGGAAGACAAGGAGGAAGGUGAAGAGGCAGGUCUGCAGUGUGGGAAAAGUCCUGAAUUCUGGCCUCUGAAUCCGUACGCUCCCAACAGGACGCUCCCUGGAGGCGUGGCCUUCGCUUUAGCAGAUCAGUCGCCAUGUUUCCCUCAGGAGGAAUACGUGCCCAACCAGCUGUUUGUGGACUUGCCCGAGCCGGUUCCUGCCCUCAACAGGCAGAACCAGGGCCUCAGCAGGACUCACCACCACUGCCACUCCCUCCAGUCGGGGGGCCGAGUGGGGGGCCGGCCCCUCUCUCUGUGCGGCCCCUCCAGCCCGUUGCCAGGGAGACACAUGUCCACCUCGCUGAGGCCGGCGCCGCUGCUCGGGAUGGACAUGGGCCACGGGUUAGUGAACGAACACUCUGGACUCAGCCCCACGGAGCUCUACCACCCCAUGUCCCCCAACAGCUCCUCCCCCCCCGGGCCCCUCCACAUGUACCAGCCCCGCUCCUCCAGCUUCUCCAGGGGCUCCGACAGACUCUCCACCCACUCCGUGGCCCUGGAGGGCCUGGCUCUGGCUCUGGGCUCUGGGAUGGAGGUGAGGAGGGAGGGUGGAGGAGGAGGAACAGCCGGCUCACGGGGCUCCAGCUCCAGCCAGGCGUCCAGUGGGAACCUGUCCGAUGGCGGCAGGCAGCAGGUGCCCGAUGUUCCUUGUCCAAUCAAGAGCAGCGGCAGCUUCAAGACCAAACCGGAGCUCAAGCCGCGGCCCUUCAUGGGAGUCAUGGACAAAUCAGUGCGGGUCCAGGGCCAGCAGAGCUCCGGGCUGGGCCGCCCGGGGCAGGGAGGCCUGGAGAGCUUCAGCAUGUCCGUGAUGGAGUUUCAAGGGUUGAACAGUGAGUUCAAGCACGCUUCGUUCCAGGAGCAGCUCUCUGGAGGUCCGGCCACCAGCCAGCAGCAGGGCCGGGACUUUGGAGAGCGGCUCCACCAGCGAGAGGCCCGAGGCUCCCAGCUCCGCUUCCCCGACGGACGGCACCGCCAGGCCAGCCUAACCAGAGACAACCCAGCCCUGCACAUGGCUCCCAUCAAACCCAAGCGCUCCUUUAUAGAGUCCAAUGUGUGAACAUGCUUAUCAAAGCACAGAUGCAGGCUGCUUUAACAAACUCUGUCCACAUAAGGUAGCAAGGAGCAGCUCUGAGGAGAUCCUUCCCUGAGCCUGGUUAGAGUUCUGCUGCUGCUGCAUUUACAAUCUAGAACCAGUGUUCAACUCAGGCUACGACGCUUUUGCUUACAUGUCUACAGCUACACUAGUUAUUCAAGAAAACCAGACAUACCUUAAGUAGGGAUUUAAAAAAAAUAAGUAGUAUAUUGUCUCAACUUUUAAUUUCUUAUAACAAACAUAGAAGUCAGAGAAAGCUUUGUGCACGAAUAUUAAAAAAACCUCAUGCUAUUAGUUGCAGGAUAUGACCAUUUCUAUUGUCAAGUGUCUUUUAAAAAACAUUUAUAUUUGUACGGUGUACACUAUAUUUGCAGAUUAUAUAUUUCCCUGUAAGUGGUUAUCUGUCAGCAUUACAGGCUUCAAAAGAAAUUACUUUGUGUGCUUGAGAUUCUUUUUCUUGGUACAUUUGAUAAAAAAAGGAGCUGUACAUGACAUUGUUGGAAACUUCUUGUCAUAAUCUAAAUAAUGAAUUAACUGCUUCAAUAUUUACAGUAUAUGUUAUUUAUUUUUGCAUAGCAGAGAACAUAUUCAUAUGAAGUGUUUAUUGGUUUAUUGGACAGAGAGAGAGCAUUUAGACGAGCAACAGACAGAUAGAAACUCUUAAGAGACUUUGUACAUUGCUGUAUGUCCAUAGUUGUCAUAUUCCCUUUUCAGAGUCAUACUAUGGAUUACAGAAUGUUGCCACAUUAUUGUUGUGGUAUAAUAAAAUAUUCAUGAAGGAU